AUGGGCUUAAACCUGGUAGAUGAAGCCAAAGCGGCGAGCUGCGAUCAUAUUCCUAUCAUCGAUUUAUCGAACAUAGAUAGCCCCGAUGUCGAGAAACGACAAGAACUUGCUCGAGCAGUCUGCGAUGCAUGUACUGGUGUUGGAUUUUUUUAUAUCAAGAAUCACGGCAUACCCGAGAGCCUGAUCAGCGGAAUCCAUGACGCCGCAGAGAGGUUCUUCGGUCUUCCAAGCGAGGAGAAGAUGAAGAUCUAUAUCGGAAACUCGAAGAAAUACCGCGGAUAUAGUCCCGUCGGCGCUGAACGGACCACAGGUACAGAUGAUGACCCCAUCCCAGAAGAGGAAGCUGCAGGUGUUCUCUCUGAAGCAUUCGUAAUCGGCUAUGAAAAUGCACUUGAUUUCCGAAAAUCUGAAAAUGACCAGUUGCCUCCCGACACUUAUGAACUGUAUGGCGACAACCAAUGGCCUGACGAUGAGACCAUCCCUGGUUUCUCUGCAACCUACAUUGAAUAUUGUGCCAGGGUUCUUGAGCUUUGCCGGAGGAUGAUCCGAAUAUUUGCACUUGCGCUGGACGUUCCGGAAGAUUACUUUGACUCAAAGAUUAACAAUCCUGGUGUCAUUUCUAGAAUGAUGCACUACCCUGCUCAGCCGGUGGGAGACCAGCGUGAAGGACUUGGAGCGCAUACGGACUUCGAGUGCUUUACUAUACUCUCUCAGGAUGCGGUUCCUGGACUGCAAGUCUUAAAUCACAACGGCGAGUGGAUUUUAACACCGCCUAUUCCCGGUACAUUAGUUGUGAAUAUCGCGGACUGUUUAUCGACCUGGACGAAUAAGAAGUUCAAAUCUACGAUUCAUCGAGUUACAAACCUCUCGGGUGAAGAACGCUACUCGAUCCCUUUUUUCUUUGGAGUCGAUUACGAUGCCACUGUGUCUGUUCUAGAAAACCACACCUCGCAAGAAAAUCUACCGUGCAGAGAGCCUUUCAAAGCAGGCGAUUGGGUCCGCGAGAAACUAUCCAAGGCAUAUUUGCCCUACGAAGGGUGA